GAGAGGCUCCGGACAAUCUGCUGUGAGAGACAUCUGCAUCCCUUGUUUCUUCAAACAACAGAAGACGUGAGGGGAACUUCACUGACCCAGAGGAGAGUGGUGUCUGCGGAUGACGGUGGGAGACAGGACCUGUUCCUCUGACUGAUGGGUGGAUGAGAGCAGAUCUGAAGCUCUGUGGGAAUGAUGUGAAGAGAGUGAAGAGGAAGAAUGAUGUCUGGAGUCACACAUCACCUCUGAGUUUAUUCUUUUCCAUUCAGGGUCAGUGCGUCCACAGCUUUUAAAGCGCGUCACUAUAGUCUCAUUUGAUUUAUCUGGAGCUGAUCACUUUUUAAUCCAAGUUUCACAUCAUCUGAAGUUUAUUAUGGAAAAAAGGGUGUCUCCUGACCUGUGAUCAGUUUUAAAGUUUUCCAAAACAACAGGUUUUCUCGUGUAAUUUGAUCAAAGUGAGAGUUGAACAUGGCCAUCAACACGGACACAGACUUCCUGAAGUCCAGCCUGGGUGAAAGAGGAGAAGGAGGAGGAGGAGGAGGAGGAGGAGGCGCACAGCUGGCGGACUCUCUGGAGACGGAGAAGCUGCUGGCGGUGACCACAGAGCCCGGAGGCAACGGCCUGAAGAUGUCCACCUCUUUCACGGUCAACGUGGGCGGAGACAAGGGGCUGGAGGCCGACCAGAACGGCCACGGCGUCGGGGUGAGGUCGGGCUCCGUGGGGCAGCUGACCGCCGCCGCCCCGCUCUCCCCGUCCAAGGCCAGCCUGAGCCGCUCCUCCACCGGGAACGCCACCGUGCAGGAGACCCCGAAGCCCAAGGAUUACCUGUUCCUGGUCAUCUUCUCCUGCUUCUGCCCCGUGUGGCCCGUCAGCAUCGUGGCUCUGGUCUACUCCAUCAUGGUGAGCAUGCCUUCAGUGUACACUGUCUCUGUAGGUCAGCAGAACUACCAGGAAAAUGACCUGAUUAGUCUGAUUCUGGAGGAAAAGAGAUAUGAAGGAUGA